UGCCUCUCAUAUUUCCUCCCCCUUCUUCCUCUUCCUUCCUUCCUUCAAUAACUUACCAUAUACUUUUCAAGCUUUUUUCUUCAUAUCCUUUACAUUGCUCUUGAAACUUUUCUUCUUCAUACCAUUUUCUCCUUUGGCCUUCAUAAUAAUUUAUUUUUCCCUUUUUGGAUUUCGGAUCGAAAUGGAGUUCGAGGAUCGAUUCAGACAACAAGCUCAGAGACCAAAAUAUGAUUGUCUUCUUUUUGAUUUAGAUGAUACUUUGUAUCCCCUUAGAUCUGGCCUUGCAAAAUCUUGUCUUCAAAAUAUUAAAGAUUAUAUGGUUGAGAAGCUUGAAAUAGACUCAAGCAAAAUUGAUGACUUGUCCAACCUCCUUUACAAGAACUAUGGAACAACUAUGGCUGGUCUAAGGGCAAUUGGUUAUGACUUUGACUAUGAUGUAUAUCACAGUUUUGUUCAUGGAAGAUUACCUUAUGAGAAUUUAAAACCAGAUCCAGUUUUGAGGAACUUGUUGCUGAGCCUUCCCUAUAGGAAAAUUAUAUUCACAAAUGCAGACAAAGUUCAUGCUAUUAAAGCACUAAGCAGACUUGGAUUAGAAGAUUGUUUUGAAGGAAUUAUAUGCUUUGAGACACUAAAUCCAAUUCACAAAAGCAUUGUCUCUGAUGAUGAAGAUGACAUUGAGUUUGUAGGCUUAACAAACACUACUAAUCAAAUUAAUAGUAAUGAUGCAAGAAGCUAUAAAAUCUUUGACAUUAUAGACCAUUUUGCUCAGCCUAAUCCCAAUGGAUUAGUCUUGCCAAAGACACCAAUUAUCUGCAAACCAUCAGAAUUUGCUAUUGAAUUUGCUCUCAAGAUUGCCAACCUUAACCCUCAAAGAACAUUGUUCUUUGAGGACAGUGUCCGCAACAUACAAGCUGGAAAACGUGUGGGACUUGACACAGUGUUGGUUGGUACAUCACAAAGAAUUAAAGGUGCAGAUUAUGCAUUGGAAAGCAUUCACAAUCUUAGGGAAACGAUGCCUGAAUUAUGGGAAGGUUGGAGUUUAAAGAAGAAAACGAGAAAGAAGAGGAGAAGGAGGGUGACUCCGACCGCUUGAGAGAGAGUAUUAUAUGAAGCUAUUUUAAUUAAUAUGGAUGAUUAAUAAAUUCAAAAUCAAAUUAUUAAAACAAAAAAUGAACAAAAAAUGUGAAGGACAGAGGGGUUCCUCAACUUCAAAUGUAGUUGAUGUAGAUGGUUUUGUAAGAUUAUAAUAAAAUAUUAUUAUAU